AUGAAACCUUUAGUGAUAUCUAAUUCACAGAUAAAUAAACAUGAGUAAGCAAAUAAAGGUUAGAAUCGAAUUCUUAGAUAUGAAGAUAAGAAAGUAUUUUAAGAAAAUUUCUUUAAGAAAAGUAGAUUAUAACAAGAGCCUCAAAAUUUUCAAUAAUACUUUUAUUUCAAUAAUGUAUUAUAAAAUUAAAGAAAAUAAAUGAUUAUUGAGAAUACAGAUUAAGAAUUGUAAGAGAAUUAAUUAAAUGGGAACUAAGUAAUGUCUAUUUAAGAAAAAAUCAUCAAUUAUAUAAUUGAAUAUUAAUAAUAAUAGUAAAUCAAUAAGAAGUACACUUAUGUUAAAAGAAAGAUGUAUGAAGAACUUAGAAUUGAAGAAUCUAAAAUAAUUUAAUAAAAGGGCGAAUCAGAAUCAGUUUCAACUGAUUGUAGUAAUGUUGAGAAGAGCAUAUAUUAGUAAGAGUUAUCAUGUGAAAAAAGUUUUACUGAAUAUCUAAGAUUAGGGUUUGAGAAUUUUUAUAAAGGAGAAUUUUCAUAAAUUUUAUUUUAAGAAAAUUAUAUAAGUCCAAAGUAGAUAAUUAUUAAUUUAAAUAAAGCUUUAUAAUAAUUUAAUGAGUGUAAUAAGAAAAAAAUGAGGGAAGAUUUAAGAGUUUGUUAUAUUGGUAUUAGCGAAGAAUUUAAUUUUCAUUCUAUUUAAGAGGAGAAGGAUUUUUAAUUUUUAUAAAGUUUCUCUUUUAUGAUCCAAAAUGAAUAGUCACUAUUAACAGAACCUUAAUAAAAACAGAACAUUAAUAAUUUAAUAUAAAAAAAUCAAUAUUACAUAAAAUUAAAUGUAUCUAAUAAGAUUACAAAUUAAAUUCAUUUACUUUAUAAAUAUUUUUUAAAAUGUAAAAUAAGAUAAUUCAAACCAAAAAUAAUAAUUUUAUUUUUAGAAAUUAAUGAUUUCAUUGAUUUUGAGACAUAUUACUUUUAAAAAUUAAUUGCCUAAUUAGAGAAAAUUUCAUAACAUUCACUUAUGGUUAUUCCUUUAUUAUCUAUGUAUUCACCAUAAAAUUAUGAAAAAUAUUUAAAAUGCGCUGUGUUAAUAACAAAUUCAUGUUUGGAUUAUUCAUAUAAAAGAAAGAAUAAAGCAUAUUAUUAAUGUGAUGAUAUUUCUGCUUAAUAAUAUAAAGAAUACAGUUAAUAUUUUGCAUAAACUUAAAAAGAACAAUAAUUCUUUGCUCGUUAAUACUUAGCAUUGAAAGUUAGAAAUAAUAAAUAUUAAUCAAACGAUAUGGAUAUUGAAAACCAAUAAGAGAAUUAUUGUUUACCUUAUGGAAAAUCUGUAUAAAAUGAAUAAAAAAAGAAUAUUGUAGAGUAAGAAUUUUAAUUAAAUGUAAUUGGUAUUCUAAAUUUGAAAAAUUAAAUAAUACUUACUAAAAUUUAUGAAAAAUAAUCAUAAGAGCCAAUUAAAAUUUCAGAAGUUCAAUACUUUAUAUCUUAUAAUUAAGAUAAAAAAUAAUUUAUCAUUUGCAUUAUUAAAGAUGAUUAAUUGUUUUAUUAAAUAUGUUCUUACAAUACAGAAAGUGAAACACAAAUAGAAGAUUCGAUUUAUUUAGAUGAAUAUAGAUACUUUAAAGUACUUAAAAAGAAUUGCAAAAGUUCUUAUUUAUUGUUAGAUUCAAAUUUUUAUUAAUUUAAUGUUAUAAUUUCUAUAGAUAAAUAAACUAAACAGCUAAGAAACCAUAAUUCAGGAUUUUAGUAUUUUGUAUAAGUGUACAAAUAUAAUUUAAAUGAAAUCUAAUAACCAUAAAAAUAUUUUAAUCAAGAGCCUACUUAAUAAAAUACUUAUAACUUAAUAAAUUUUACAAUUACUGAACUUGAAAAAAAUAAAUUCAUAGUAUUAGGAGGUUCAUAUUAAUCAUUUUCAGAAUUUUAAGAUUUUAAUUUACGUACAUGUUCUAUAAUUAUUGAAAUUGAUGAAAAAAAUUAAAAUAAAUUAAAAAUUACAGAAAAUAUAGGAAAAUUAAAAAGUUAUGAAAAUUCUAUAGCAUAGAAAAUUGAUAAUUUUUCUUUGAUCUAUUUUGAAUCGUAAACUUAAUAUUUAACAGCACCUAUUUAAUCAUAAUUUUAAAAAUUGUCUAUUUUUGGAGCACAAUCAAAAUUGUAAACUGAAAAUUAUUCAAUUUUAAAUUAAGAGAUUUUCGAAUUCUAUUAAAAAAAAAAGAAAUUAUUUAAAUCUAAUCAAUUAAAUAGCAAAAUUAUUUCUUAAAAUAAGAAAUAAUUAGUAUUUGUUGUGGUUGUGUAAGAAUUGGUCUAAGAUAAUUAAAAAAUAUUAGAUUAAGAGAAUAGUAUUAAUGUGAAAUUCCUCUCAAAAUAAGUUUAAUUAUAAACUCAUAAAUUUUAAUUUAUUAUUGAAUUUGCUAAACAGACAAUUGAUAUUUAAUAUGAAACUUAUUAAUUUAUUAUUGAACAGAUAGAAAAAACAAAUAGUCUUAGGGAAUCCUGUCUUUAUGUUAAUGUAAUUUAUUUAAUUUAAUUUUCUAGUGGUUAGAGGACAGAAAUAACCAAUAUAUAUUUCCUUACAAUGGAGUUUAAAACUUAUAUUUAUUGUAUUUUCAUGAUAAACCUACACCAAAAACUAGAAAAUUUAUAUUUGAAGACCCAAAAGAUAAAGAAGAUUAUAUAGAUUUUGAUGAAGUCAUUUUAAAUGAUUUAGAUAAUGAACAACUUUGGAUAGUUAGAAAAAUUAAUCAUUAAGAUCAUAUAUCUUUAGCUUUAUUUGAAAGGUAUAUAUAUAUAAUAUUAAAUUAGUGAUUGGAUAAAUUUAUAAGAAGUAAAGGACUCAUAAGAAGACUCAAUUACAAAAGUUCCCAUUUCUUUUAUAUUUACAAUUGCUUAAAUUAAAGAAGAUUUUUGUUUAAUUGGCCUUGAAGUAAAAUGGUAAAUAGAAUAAGGAAAAAAAUGUCCAUAUUUAAUCGUAUGUACAAGCAAUCAAAUUUAUGAGAUUUCAAUAUAAAUGAUUAGAAAAGUAAAAUGGGAUAACAUUUUAAGAUAUAAACCAAAUACUUGGGAAAAAGAACCACUAGAAUUUCAAUAAUCACCAAUUUAUAAAUAAAAAUAAGUUUAAUUUAAUAUUAAUAUGUAAAUUCCUACAAUAGUGGCAAGUUUGGAAAAUGGAGAUUUAUUAUUGUUUUAUAGUUAUUGUAACGUUAAUAAAGAAGUUGAAAACUAGUAUUAACUUGAAAUUUAGUAUUUAAUCUUAAAAAACUUAAAUCAACAAGAUAAUGAAAGAAUUGAUUAUGAUGAUGGUACAAAAGAAUUUAAGUUUAAGACUAUUAAAUACAAUUCGAAAAAAGAAGUUAAUAUUGCCAAAAUAAAUGCAGUUAUUAUAUCCAAGAAUGAAUUUGAAUUUUCAGUAAUUGUAGAAGAAUCUGAUUCAAAUUUAUACAAAGUAUUUUCAGGCAAUGAUUCAAAGGAUAAAAAAUAAUUAAUAACUAUUAUGAAAGAAUGUAAAAUCUUAAAUGAUGCUGCUCCUUUGAAGAAUUAAUGUAUUAUAGUUAGCUAAGAUACCCAAAAUGUUUAUCACCUUUAAUGA